AUGGAUCGGCUGAGUAACAUGCUGGGGGACCGACCGCUGAAGAGCAUCUUCACGGCGCUCGGUCUCCCGGAUAAAAUCGGCGGCGCGGUAAUCGACGCUCUCUUCUCCCGGGGCGCCCGCCUGUGGAACGUCGAGGAGGAGGCCGACAAGCUGCGGCGCACCAAGGAACGCAUCCGCGCCGUGCUCGAGGACGCCGAGCAGCGCCGCUUCGUCGACCACGACUCCGUCAGGCUCUGGCUCCGGGAGCUCAGGGCCGCCGCCUUCGACGUCGACGCCCUGCUCGACAGCCUGGGCACCAUCACGGCCGUGUCCAGGCUAGCGGCGGCCGAGCAGUCGCGGAAGCGGAAGCGGCUCUGGCCCAGCGUCGAGCUCGGCCCGCGGCAGCGGUGGGAGCUGGAUGAGAAGAUCGCCAAGAUCAACGAACGCCUCGACGAGAUCAACGGGGGCAGGAAAAGGUACAGGUUGCAAGCUGGAGACGGGAGUAGGACGGCGGCUCAGCCGAUGCAGCGCCCGCGGUUCCUUGAAUCUGCCGCGCAUCGUGACGAGAGGCCCAUUGGCCGCAACGAAGAGAUGGAGCAGAUUGUCCGUGCUCUGGUUUCUGACAGUGCAGAAAUGGAGGUGAUUUCCAUCUGGGGAACGGCAGGCAUUGGGAAGACAGCACUGGCACAGUUGGUUUACAAAGAUCCUGAGGUACAAAACUUCUUCACUGACAAGAUCUGGGUUUGGUUACCAGAUAGGUGUGAUGUGAGGAAGGCCACCAAAACGAUCAUUGAAGCUGUGACCAGUCAAAAAUGUGAACUUCUAAGCUUGGACAUAUUGCAGCAGCAGCUGCACGACCACCUACAUAAAAAGCACUUCUUGCUGGUGAUUGAUAACCUAUGGGCAGAGGGUUUUCAGUUCUGGGAAUUUCUGAGGCCCUCAUUGACUGGUGGAGCGGACGGAAGCAAGGUUCUGAUCACUACUCAACACGAAAGGGUGUCUAGGAUGAGUUCCCCCAUUCUAAACAUCCAUUUGGAGCGCUUGGAAGAUGAAGAAUGCUGGCAAAUCCUCAAACUCUAUGCGUUCUUGGGGUGGAGCAGCAGAGAUCAGCAUGGUCUGGAAUCCAUUGGGCGGAGGAUUGCUGCCAACUGCCAAGGCUCCCCAUUAGCUGCUAAAUCUCUUGGGGUGCUAUUGUCCGACACUCAUGGAGACAAAGAACAGUGGGAAAGCAUACUAGGUGAAAUGCAGAUUCUUGAAGAUGACAAAAACACAAACAAUAUAUUACCAAGUUUGCAGAUAAGUUAUCAGCACUUGUCGUAUCAUCUCAAACAAUGUUUUGCCUUCUGUUCAAUACUUCCUCCUGGUGUUGAGUUUGAGAAGGAUGAGCUGGUUAGACUCUGGAUAGCUGACGGUCUUGUUAAGAGUAAUGGAAGGAAAAGGGUUGAGAUGGAAGCAGGAAGAUGUUUUGAUGAGCUCCUAUGGAGGUCAUUCUUUGAAACAUCCCACAACUUCCCUAAUCAAAAGUUUAGAGUGCCAAGUUUGAUGCUUGAGCUAGCACAACUUGUUUCUAAACAUGAAUCUCUAACUCUCAGCACUGAGAAUUCACCUGUAGUUGACCAUCCUGAGUGGAUCCGCUAUACAACCAUAUUGUGCCCGAAAGAUGAGCCUCUUGCAUUUGACAAGAUUUAUCACUAUGAAAAUUCGAGGCUCUUGAAAUUAUGCCCCACAAUGAAACUACCCUUGAAUCAGACACUUGACCUCAGGGACUGCUAUUGGCUCAUGGAUUUGCCUACAGGCUUGAGCCGAUUAGUUAACUUGCGGCACCUUAGUUUACAUAUUGAUUGGGAUAGAGUUACUACUUUUAGAUCAAUGCCAAGUGGCAUUGACCGUUUACAGUCACUUCAAACUCUUUCCAGAUUUGUUGUGGUCUCCAGGGAUGGAGGCAAGUGCAACAUUAAUGAGUUGAAGAAUUUGAAGAUCCGCGGAGAGCUUUGGCAAUUUGCGCGGAAGGAGUACUUGCGCGAAUUGAUGCUGAAAUGGAGUGAGGACACCUGCAAGGACGAGCAGCAGCAGGGCAUAGAGAACAGUGAGACGAUCAUUGAGGCACUCUGUCCACAUACCAGCCUUAAGCAUCUGCGCAUCGAAAAUUACCCUGGAAGACGAUUUCCUUCUUGCUUCGAGAACCUCUCGGCUCUGGAAUCCCUGGAGAUAAUUUCUUGCCCCAGGCUCACUCAAUUUUCCGUGCAGAUGAUGCAAUCUCUCAGGACUUUAAGGAUACGUCAAUGUGCUGAUCUUGCAGUUCUUCCCAGAGGCCUGUGCAACCUAGAAUCCCUUCAUUGUCUGGAAACCGAUGGCGCUCCAAAUCUGAGAAUAAGUGCAGUGGUCAUAUUGCCAAGAAACAUCUCCCGAUUGGUUGUAAGUGGAUGCGAUGCAUUAGAGAGAUGGUGCCUGGAAGAAGGCGCUGAGAGAGUGCAGCAAAUUCCUGAUGUAAGGAUUCAAUUGAGUAAUUGA